AUGAUUAUCAAAGAACUUGAAGAAUUAAUUAUUUGCUUACCAGGAAAUGAUCAUCUUACUGCAGAUGAUUAUAUUCAUAUUGACGAUGAGGUUGAAGGCGAGCUUACUGAUAAAGAAAUAUUAGAGAUAAUAGAAAAUGAAAAGGAUGAUCCUGUUGAUGAAAUAGUAAAGGAAGUAGAAAAAGUAACUUUAACAGAAGCUGAAAUGU